AGAGGGCACCCAUUCUCUGGAUAUCGAGUUAUAGAUAGUUGUGAGCCGCCCUGUGGGUGCUGGCAACUGAAUGAGUGCUGCCGCUGGUGAGAGCAGUAAGAGCUCUUUGCUUUGAAAUUCACAAAGGUGGUAUUACUGACUGCCAUUAUCAAGCGUAUUGUCAUUUGUUAUUUUCAGAAAAAUUUGCAUGAGAGAACCCAUAUUUUAUAUUGAAUAGUCUGCUUAGGAUGGCUCCCCCGAAAACUAAUUUUAUUUUUGUAUUCAUUUAUUUGAAGAAUACGGAAUGCCUGUUACUGUGUCAGACAAUUAUUCUUCGUGUUAGAAUGUGUCAGUGAGCAAGUCACAAAUGGCAGGAGGGAGCCCUUGCAACUCCUUUGCCACUUAUCUCCAGUACAGGAGUUGGCUCACGGGACUGCAUGAGGCCAGUCUUGUCCCUCUCCAGCCUUUCUAGAACCUGAGAUGCUUCCGGUGAUGGAUAAGAUCCUCGGCCCUUAGGGAUCUAGAAAUAUAGCUGAAAACUGCUGUAGUGAACAAACUGUCCUCUUUACUUAAUUCAGUAAGUGCUGCACGUGUUCCAACAUCCAGCCCCACACAAUUUUAUUAAGGUUACCAGCUCCCUGUGAGGGAGGGACUAACUCCACAGUAAGGUGAACCGUGUCGCUUCUGUGACUUCACCCUCAUACACUCCCAGGCUAAAAGUACCACAAGACGGGAAGUCAUUAAAGACAAGACACAGCAAAAACUGAGCUCAUGAAGACCCCAGUGUCACUCCAACUACACCUUCUGCAGUAACAAAGCAGUGCCACAGUUGUCACACCAACAUAAUUACAACAUAAAUUUUCUGCUGCUUCCAUAGACACACACACACAUGCACACACAUACACAUACACAUGCAAAUGCACACACACACAAUGCACACAUAUACACACAUACACACACAUACAUACACACACACACAGACACACAGACACACAGACACACACACACAGACACACACACACACACACACACACGAAUGUUCUUUCAUGUUUCAUGACACUUGUUUUCCCGCCCUGCAAUUCUUCUCCCAUUUUGUUCCACUUCCAGAACGGUCCCUCCCCCAGGUUUCAUUCAGGUGUCACUCUUCUAUGAUACUGUCCUAACUUCUCAAAGAGUCAACCAAGCUGCUUGGCUGACUCUCUAUGUAUAGCUCAUUACUCUGUUUACCCCUCAAAUACUGACUUGUUUCUUUCUUUGUCUAGUCCUCUCUUUCCCAUGAAGCUAUGGGCCUAUUCUUAAGGUCAACAACCUCUUUUAAUUCAUGCAUAUGUUUAUAAGACCCAAUAGUACCUGGCAAAUUGUGGUAGUAAACAUAAUACCACAAUACCAUCUAAAUAGGUAGAGAGAUGAAUAUAGACCAGACCCAAAGUUCUUCAUAGUGCCUAUAUCCUCCUGUCCCAUAGAACUCAGCACAGUGCAUGGAAUUUGGGACAGCCAACCAAUUGUUAGCUUGAUGAGUCAUUAAUGACUUGGAAGGUGCAUCAUUGUAAUGGCAGGGGUUGGAUAAAAGUUAUACAUUUUGUCUAGUAUUAAAAAUGUCAGAUCAGCUCCCAAGCUGCUGAUCAGGUCAUUUAUAGAGAGUCUGGGUAGUGGUUAGACUGACAGUUUAUGGAAAUGAGUGAAUUUAAUUAGAAUUCUUCAUUUUGAAAUAUUAAAGGUAACAUUCAUUUUGCUCUUUUAGAAAAUAUCGCUAUGUUUGUUGCUCAUUGGAUCUGAGACCUGGUUUUAUAUUUGUUUAUUGAAACAAGAGUCUCUCUAUGUAGCCUUGGCUGUCCUGGAACUUAAUAUAGAGCAAGCUGACCUUGGUCCACCUGCCCCUGCCUUCCCAGUGCUGGGAUCAAAGAUGUGGGCCGCCACACUUGGCCCUACUGUUCCCCUUUAUUUGUAUUUCAUGUUUUGACUGCAUGUACAUCUGUGCAUGCAAUGCCCAAGGAGGCCAGGCGAGAGCAUCAAAUCCUCUGGAACUGGAGUUACAUGGUGGUGGUUCACCGUGUGGGUGCUGGGUUUUGAACCUGGAUCCUCUGGAAGAGCAGCCAGUGCUCCUAACCUCUGAGCCACCUCUCCAGUUCCAGACCUGGUUUUAGAAUACCCAUGUUUUCAUGUAAGAAUUUGAUUUUUUUUAAUUAUCUGGCUUUUUUCUUCUCUCUGAAACUUUAUAUGACUUUUGUAGGCUGCGGUGUAUUGUUAAAGUAGGACAUUUUAAAAAUAUAGUCAAGUAGAAUCCUAAUGUUAAGUUGGGAGAGUGUAUCAGUAGCUUUUGUGUCGUGAAGAAUCUAGUAACAUUGUCUCGGGUUUACUCUUUUUUGUUUUUGGAUACAGAGUCUCACUAUGUAGUUCCUAGCUGGCCUAUAACUCACAGAUCCAUGUGACUCUGCCGCCCAGUGCCAAUUUUUUUUUUUUUUUUUCUACAUGGGGUUUCUCUGUGUGGCCCUGACUGUCCUGGAACUCACUCUGUAGAUCAGGCUGGCUUGGAACACAGAGAUCCACCUGUCUCUGCCUCCCUAUUGCUGGGGUUAAAGGUGUGUGCCACCACUGCCAAGCAUGAGUUUACAUUCUAAAGAUACCUUUUCUACUAUUCUGUUUUUAAAAUGAGUUAUAAGAUAUGGUAAUUCUCCAGCUUCACCCUCCUAAGUACUGCCUUAGAGGGAUCACCAAAGCUGGCAGCAGCCUUCCCUUUCUUUCUCUCUUUUCCUUUCCUUUCUUUUCUUUUUCAUGUUUUUGAAACAGAGUCUCAACCCAUAAAUUACUACUAGAAGGAGAGGAAAAUAGUAUUCUAGAAAGCUUGGACUCUUCCCUCUCGUCGUCGAUGCAGGGUAUAACUUGAAAUGGCAGCGAUAUUAUGUACAAUCCCCUAUGAAAACAAUGGAACCAAGGAAUGAGUAGGCUUGGUCAAGGUAAGUUUAUGUAACUUGGCUAAGUGUGAGGUGAGCCCUAGCUUAUUAGGACGGGUCAGCAGUCUUUGGUUGGUUCCAUCUGAGACCUGCUUUUAGAAUAGCCAUUCUUUUACUUAAGUCUUUUGUGACUGCUUUUAUGUUGCUUUUGGAACUUUACCUGCACAAAAGUUUGUGAGAGCAGAACACAGUACCCACCAGCCCCUCCCCACACCCGACCCAUGUUUUCUAGCCCAUGAAUUACUCUUUCUUGCCAUCUCCCAUCUACCAGUAGACGGUGAAAUAAGGUGCUUGGUACAGAGAGUCAUGCAGAGGCAGCAUCGCGUGGUAUAAAUAGCCUGAUGGCUUGUCUAAAAGUCAGACAUCAGCCAAGUGUUAUUUAUGAGAUUGUGGCUUAAACUUUGGAGUUCUAGUUUCGUUAUGAAAAGCAAAAUGACUUUAUGCAUUAAAUGCAGAUCACAGAGGCUAUUAUCAUGCAAUCUGAUCUAAAAUAUUUAGACAGUUGCUUCUUUGAAACUGUAACUUCCAGGAUGGUGGUGUCUAUAUUUAGUUUAGUCAGAGUUCUCUGGAAGUUCUAUCUGCUAUACUGGGAAGACCCGGUCUUUAUUCUCUGACUCUUCAUGAGUCCGUCCUUUCUUUCUUUCUUUCUUUCUUUCUUUCUUUCUUUCUUUCUUUCUUUCUUUCUUUCUUUCUUUCUUAUGUACCGUGGAUGUCAAAGACCUAUUCAUUUUGGUAGAACAUUUGGCUAUUUUACAAAAUUUUGUAGAAAAUUACUAAAGUAACAAACAUUUAGGCAUUAUGUUAGUUUCCAUUCUGAUACAGGACAUAGUGGAAACAUUUACUACACAGUUACAAAAUGUGUUACUUCAAAGUUUCAGAUAAAAUUUCCCAGCACCUAAGAGGUGGAAGCAGGAGGAUCAGGAGUUUGAUGUGCUCCCCUGCACCCCAUAAAAAUAAUUUAAAAAAAUAGGUUGGUCAGGUAGACCUUGGCCAGGGAUGGGUGCAUGUCUGGCAAAGCUCGGGGACCCCACGAGCUCUUCUCCUGCUGAUGGAUUCAUAGGAAAGGGGAUGGCUGUAGCUCUGCCCUACUGGCUCUGAUACUCUAGCCACGCAGUAGUGUGGUGGGUGGUAUGCUGAUUGGCAAAAUGCACCAACUUAGUGGGUUCCAUGGGGUCUGCAUUCUAACAGGGGCUGCUCGCUGCAUAAAGCAAAGCUCUGUGAGUCCCCAGUGUCCUGAGGUGGAGACAGACAAGAUCUACAGCUGUCUUUUUGGAGGCAGUUUUUGCUUGGCAACUAAGAGCUACCAAGUGUCACUUGGGACCAGAAACUGCCUGCUGCCCAAGCUCACAAUUUGUCAAGGGAAAAAAAAAACCAAUAUUUUUAUGAAAUCCUAGGAUUUCAUAAUGUUGUCACCAAGUAUAUUAGGCAGUCAGAAUUCCUAGAAAUUAAUUCUUUGCCACAGAAAACAUAUCAGUGGGCCAUAGUCAGAUUCCUAGAUAGCAGCUUUGCUAACUAGGGAAGCUCAUCUUUGAUUAUCUCUCAUAAAAAAGAGAAAGUUUUGUUACUGAGCAUAAAAUAUGUUUCAAAGUGACUUAUUCUAUAUUUCAAGGUUACUUGUGUUUUUGCUGCUGAAUUCUGGAGACUUAAAAAAAAAGAAAUUAUUACAAGUUUGUCAUUAAAAUCAGCUCACCUAUUGGUUUUAACGGUUAGAGUUAUUUUUAUAGUCAGCAGAAAUAAUGUUAGCCUCUCUUCAUUAUAAAUUUUAGGCAUUUUUAAAAUAUGUAGCUAGCAGGUGCUUCGGGUACCCUCUGCCUCUGCAUCCUUGGUUUCAUGUCAGUCCAAACAACACCAUUCGUGGCCAGCCUUUGUUUCAUUCGGUUCACCCCACAUACUGAUUCUCUCUCUCUCCCCCUCUUCAUCUCUCUCUCCUUGGAGCUGGAUAUGGAGUUCACGGUCUCCCAUGUGCUUAGCUACACCUCACCCAGCUGCUUGCUUUUGAGGAAUGAGUGGUUGGUCCUGGUAUCUUGCAACUCCAUCUGUUGUUAUGCUCCUAACAUUUGUUUAAUGGUGACUACAUUUUCUGGGGCUGGAGAGACCGUUCAGUUCAGCCAUUCAGCAGAGCACUGAGGAAGUAGGAAGUGGGUGUCGGUUGGUACCUGCGUGUGGAUGGGCAUGGAGAUGGUAGGGGAGGCGUGUGUGUGAUUGCAGCCAGAUAGGAGAAUACAGAAAGUUUCGUCCAUGGCAGGUAACUGUUUAGAGACUUAAAGGGAAGUGGCCUUCACCGACUGGAGAGUAGAAGGGGAACAGAAAGUCAGGGAACGGAGAAAACGGGAUGACUGUGCAGGUUUUAGAGUUCCUCUUUUAGGCGAAGAGAGUGUUCUGUCAGAGAGCAUGGUGAGACACCCAUGUGCCAAAACUGCCAUUGGAUUGUGCACCUUAAGCAUGAGUUAUCUGGUUGAUCUCCUAUCAAGAGUUUUUGGCAUUUGAAUCUGUUCUAUGUGCUCCAGAUUCCAUGUUCAUAGUGGCUUUCCAACUGUUUGACAAGAGCGGAAAUGGAGAGGUGACAUUUGAAAAUGUCAAGGAGAUUUUUGGGCAGACUAUUAUCCAUCACCACAUCCCUUUUAACUGGGACUGCGAGUUCAUCCGGCUGCACUUUGGGCACAACCGCAAGAAGCACCUGAACUAUGUGGAAUUCACUCAGUUCCUCCAGGAAUUGCAAUUGGAACACGCAAGGCAAGCCUUUGCACUGAAAGACAAGAGCAAAAGCGGCAUGAUCUCGGGUCUGGAUUUCAGUGACGUCAUGGUCACCAUCCGGUCCCACAUGCUCACUCCUUUUGUGGAGGAGAACCUGGUCUCAGCUGCCGGAGGGGGUACCUCACACCAAGUUAGCUUCUCCUACUUCAACGCAUUUAACUCCUUACUCAACAACAUGGAGCUUGUUCGAAAGAUCUAUAGCACUUUAGCAGGCACGAGGAAAGAUAUUGAAGUCACCAAGGAGGAAUUUGCCCAGAGCGCCAUACGCUAUGGACAGGUCACUCCACUAGAAAUUGAUAUCUUGUACCAGCUUGCAGACCUAUAUAAUGCCUCAGGGCGCUUGACUCUGGCAGACAUCGAGAGAAUAGCUCCGCUGGCCGAGGGGGCCUUACCUUACAACCUGGCAGAGCUUCAGAGGCAGCAAUCUCCUGGCUUGGGCAGACCUAUCUGGCUCCAGAUUGCCGAGUCUGCAUACAGGUUCACUCUGGGCUCAGUUGCUGGAGCUGUGGGGGCCACUGCGGUGUACCCCAUAGACCUGGUGAAGACCCGGAUGCAAAACCAGCGUGGUACGGGCUCUGUGGUCGGGGAGCUGAUGUAUAAAAACAGCUUCGACUGUUUUAAGAAAGUGUUGCGCUACGAGGGUUUCUUUGGACUGUACCGAGGUCUGAUCCCACAGCUGAUAGGGGUUGCACCAGAAAAAGCCAUUAAGCUAACAGUUAAUGAUUUUGUCCGGGACAAAUUUACCAAAAGAGAUGGCUCUAUCCCACUGCCGGCGGAAAUCCUUGCUGGAGGUUGCGCUGGAGGCUCGCAGGUCAUCUUUACCAACCCUCUGGAGAUAGUGAAGAUCCGCCUGCAGGUAGCCGGAGAGAUCACCACAGGACCGAGAGUCAGUGCUCUGAAUGUGCUUCAGGACCUGGGACUUUUCGGGCUGUACAAGGGUGCCAAAGCCUGUUUCCUCCGAGACAUUCCCUUCUCCGCAAUCUAUUUUCCCGUGUACGCUCACUGCAAACUCCUCCUGGCUGAUGAGAACGGACGCGUGGGAGGCAUCAAUCUCCUGACAGCGGGAGCCUUGGCAGGCGUACCUGCUGCUUCUCUGGUGACCCCUGCUGAUGUCAUCAAGACAAGACUGCAAGUGGCCGCCAGGGCCGGCCAGACAACAUACAGCGGGGUCGUCGACUGUUUCCGAAAGAUUCUCCGGGAAGAAGGGCCCUCGGCAUUUUGGAAAGGGACUGCAGCUCGGGUGUUUCGAUCCUCACCUCAGUUUGGUGUCACUCUGGUUACCUACGAGCUUCUGCAGCGGUGGUUUUACAUAGAUUUUGGAGGCCUCAAACCUUCUGGCUCAGAACCAACGCCAAAGUCCCGCAUCGCAGACCUCCCUCCUGCCAACCCCGAUCACAUCGGUGGCUACAGACUUGCCACGGCCACUUUCGCUGGCAUUGAAAACAAGUUUGGCCUUUACCUCCCCAAGUUUAAGUCUCCUAGCGUAGCUGUGGCUCAGCCCAAGGCGGCAGCAGCAGCCCAAUGACAUAGCAAGUACAGACCGAGGCCCAGGAGAACGGGCGGUACCGUGUCCAGUCAGCUGCAUGGUACUGUCAGCGCUGGGGUCAACCACUUUCUAUACGACCUAUACAUGUAUUGUUUAUAAAGUGAUCAUACGCCCAGGGAGAGCCGCAGUGCAGUUUCAAGCUUUAGUCUUUACGUGUUGAAAUGUUUUCUGAGCCUUGGCAUGAAUUACGUGUUCUAGACUCUGCUUCGCACAGCUUGUACCUACAGUGACUGUACAUAUUGUACAUCUUUGUACAGAGACACCUCGGCACCUCAUCCCAACAAAUCACGUUUAUAAACAUGAAACGCUGUUCUGAGUGGCUUGAACUGUACAGAAGGUUUUGAAAGUGUUUUAUUAUGAAUCAUGUAAGAAUAAAUGUACUAAAGUUAAAUUCAUUCUCCUCCUGAUGACUUAUGGAAAUCAAGCAGCCAUGUUUGAAUGUAUCCAGUUUCAGUUUGUUUUCCAUUCGCGACUAGGAAGGUAUUUGCUGAUACAAGGCAGAGCGAAACUUAAUGCUCACCACAUUAAAUAAGAAACGCGUGGGAAGGGUGCUUGCCCGUGGAUGCCAGAGGAUGAGCCGGUGACUCACGGGCUGCUGUGUUUCCAGUCGUUUGUAGCUGAGUGUAAUCCUCCUGUCAGCUGGAAGCAGCUCCUCAUGCGCGCGCGCACACACACACACACACACACACACACACACACACACACACACACACACACGAACGGGAUGGGCUCCAGCAAGGCUCGCUUAGUUCUGCUUUUCUCCUAUGCAGCAAGGUCAAGGUCAGGAUGUUGCAAGAGUAAAGUUUGGAAGUUUCCCUUCGUAAAGUAUGAUACGAAUCAAAAAUAAAAGCACACCAAAAUGUC